ACACUUCUGGAUCACAACUUUCUUCAUCCUCUUACAAUUUCUAAAAGUUGCAAAAUUAUAAUGACGAAUUUCAUUUUUGUUUCUAAUUUUAUUUUCUUUCUUCUUGUAUUUUUUUCUUUCUUCUUCUCUCUCUUCUUCCUUGUUCAUCGUCACUGUGUCUAUACCAUCUCUUCCUCCUCCAUUCCUAAGUCAAUAACAGGAAGCAUAUAUAGGCAAUACUUUCCUUCUCGUUUGUCUCUUCACCAAGAUAUCACCUCUUCCUUAUUUUCUUCAUAUAUAAUGUAAUGUAACAUUAUUAUUAUUUCAUCAAAUCAAAGACAUCAUACAAUCUUGUAGAGGAGGAUGAAGCGUGGGAAAGGCGACAAAAAGGGAACAAAGAACCGAGAUGUCAGCGGUCAAGUAGUUCCGCUCACUGAACCGGUGGUUGUAGCUACGCCUAUGGUUGGAACAAGAUCGUGGAUAGGAGGGCUCUUUACACGCUCCAGUAGACGUCAAGACAAGUCAAUCGACUACACUUUGUCUCCUCUUCAGGAGGAAAGACUUCAAAAGCUGCAAGAUCGUUUGCUUGUACCUUUUGAAGAGACACGUAUUGACCAUCAGGAAUCACUUAAAGCAUUGUGGAAUGCAUCAUUUCCGAACAUUAAUCUCACAGGCUUAGUAACAGAACAAUGGAAAGAUAUGGGAUGGCAAGGUCCCAAUCCAUCUACCGAUUUCAGGGGUUGUGGAUUUAUUGCUCUAGAGAAUUUGCUAUUUUCCGCAAGAACAUAUCCGGUUUGUUUCCGGAGACUAUUACUGAAACAAAGAGGCGACAGGGCAAAGUGGGAGUACCCUUUUGCAGUGGCUGGAAUCAACAUCUCCUUCAUGCUGAUCCAAAUGCUCGAUUUACAAAACACUCCAAAGCCGAAAUGUCUUCCAGGAAUGAAUUUUCUCAAACUCUUAGAAGAAGACGAGAAUGCAUUCGAUGUACUAUAUUGUAUAGCUUUCGCGAUGAUGGAUGCUCAGUGGCUUGCGAUGCACGCUUCUUACAUGGAAUUCAAUGAGGUAUUACAGGCGACUCGGAAUCAGCUAGAGAGAGAGCUUUCUUUGGACGAUACUCAUCGGAUUCAAGAUCUCCCUGCUUAUAAUCUCUUGUUCCAAUAGAGUUUUCUUUUACUUUCUUUUCUUCUAUUUAGAUUUAUGUAUUAACUGGAUUUAUGAAUGAAAAGAAACGAUAAUCAAUGAACCAAAAAUAAAAUAAAA